GCUUGCCGUCCCGCCUCCCCGGACCUGCGCGGGACGCCGGUCUACUGCUGCCGGAGCGGGCGGUUCAGGGACUUGAAGUCGGCCCGGGCAUUGCCCGGGAAGGACUCGCGACCCCGGGCUGCUGUUCGCUGGGGUAGUGCCGGAGCCUCCGCCGGCGGAGCACGGCUGGGGAGGCGCAGUCCCCGAAACCCCGAGGCCUGGGAGAGAUUUGUCUUCUGGAGACUCCACCCAUCCUCAGGGAAGAGCCCAGAAAGAAGAUAUGGCUAUUGGACCGAGGGAAGCAACAUCUCAAGUGUCGGUGACCUUCGAGGAUGUGGCUGUGCUCUUUACACGGGAUGAGUGGAGGAAGCUGUGUCCUUCUCAGAGAAACGUGUACCAGGAAGUGAUGCUGGAGAACUACAGUAACCUGGUCUCACUGGGACUCCUGUUUUCCAAACCAAGAGUGAUCUCCCUGUUGCAGCAAGGAGAAGAUCCCUGGAAGGUAGAGAAAGAAAGUCCUGGAGGCCCCUCUCUAGGAUGGAAGAGCAGUCACAAAACCACGAAGUCAACUCAGACACAAGAUUCUUCUUUUCAGGAGCUAAUAAUGAGAAGAUCCAGAAGAAAUGGACCCUGUUACUUUAAAUCAGAAAAACCCUGCAUUUAUGAAGAGAGAUUAGAUAAAAAGCAGGAGAAAAAAGAAAGUAUUCAGGCGGUUGCAGGCAGCCACAAAAAAAUCCUCAUUGUAGAAAGAAGCCAUAGAAAUAAUGAUUUUGGCCAAAACUUCAGCCCAAAGUCAGUCCUUGUUAGGCAGCAGAUGGUUCCCAGAGAAAAAACACCACCAAAAUGUGAAAUACAAGGAAACAGCUUCAAACAGAAUCCAUAUUUGCUUAAUCAACCAAAAAUCAACACCACAGAGAAACGCUAUAAAUGUAGCAUAUGCGAAAAAACCUUCACUAACACUUCAUCCCUUCGCAAACAUGAGAAAAACCAUAGUGGAGAGAAAUUAUUUAAAUGCAAAGAAUGUUCAAAAGCCUUUAACCAAAGUUCAGCUCUCAUUCAGCAUCAAAUAACUCAUACUGGAGAGAAACCCUAUGUAUGUAAAGAAUGUGGGAAAGCCUUCACUCUGAGUACAUCCCUUUACAAACACCUAAGAACCCACACUGUGGAGAAAUCCUAUCGAUGUAAAGAAUGUGGUAAAUCCUUCAGCAGAAGGUCUGGCCUUUUUAUACAUCAAAAAAUCCACGCUGGAGAAAAUCCCCAUAGAUACAAUCCAGGUAGGAAGGCAGCCAGCACAUCCCUUCCUGGAUGUCAGAGAAUUCACCUCAGAAAGAAAUCCUAUUUAUGUAAUGAAUGUGGCAAUACCUUUAAGUCGAGUUCAUCCCUUCGUUAUCAUCAGAGGAUUCACACGGGAGAGAAACCUUUUAAGUGCAGUGAAUGUGGGAGAGCCUUCAGUCAGAGCGCGUCUCUUAUCCAGCACGAAAGAAUUCACACUGGAGAAAAGCCCUAUCGAUGUAACGAAUGUGGAAAAGGUUUUACUUCUAUUUCACGACUUAACAGACACCGGAUAAUUCAUACCGGUGAGAAGUUUUAUAACUGUAAUGAGUGUGGUAAAGCCUUAAGUUCCCACUCGACACUUAUCAUUCAUGAAAGAAUUCACACUGGCGAGAAACCGUGUAAAUGCAAAGUGUGUGGGAAAGCCUUCCGACAGAGUUCAGCUCUCAUUCAGCAUCAGAGGAUGCAUACCGGAGAAAGACCCUACAAAUGCAAUGAGUGUGGGAAAACAUUCAGGUGUAACUCAUCCCUUAGCAACCAUCAGAGAAUCCACACAGGAGAGAAACCAUACCGAUGUGAGGAAUGUGGGAUCUCUUUCGGCCAAAGUUCUGCUCUUAUUCAGCAUCGGAGAAUUCAUACUGGAGAGAAGCCCUUUAAAUGUAACACGUGUGGGAAAACUUUCAGACAGAGCUCAUCACGUAUCGCCCAUCAGAGAAUUCAUACUGGAGAGAAACCCUAUGAAUGUACUACCUGUGGGAAACUUUUCAACCACAGGUCAUCUCUUACUAAUCAUUAUAAAGUUCAUGUCGAAGAGAACCCCUAGGAAGUAGAUAUGCGUGUGUGAAAGCCUUAAACCAAAGCUCAUCAAAAUACACAAGAGUGAUAUCACAAAAGUAAUGGAUAGGAAAAACCUUUCCAUAAUGUAGGCCUCACCAGAUACCAGAUUCCAAGGAUAAGCCUUGACUACGUAAUAGGUAACGAGGAAAGUAGAAAAUGUUCAUCCCUGCCAGGCACUCUUGAAAAUAACCCGAAAUGAAAAAUUUGCAACUGGAGACAUGGACUUUGGGCAUUUGUAAAAUAAUUCUCUUUCUAUGGCAGUGUACAUGAGAUACCAUAUGUGGUUGUCAUAAACAUCUGGAUGAGGGGAGGUGUACACUGGAUUUCUCAUUAAAAAAAAACUUCUAAGUUGGUAAUACUUUUUUUUUACAACAAACAUUUAAUAGCAUAUAAAAGAUGUGAUUGAAUUAUACACUUUCAGAAUAAAGGACCAAAUAAAAGAUUUUUUUUAAAAAGAGCUGCAAACUACCUCUCCAUUUCUGGGGUUUGUCCUUUUCCUGACCUGAUGUCAACUCUGUGCAUGGAUCUCAUUUAAAAAUAGAAAUAAAAGUCUGUUCUCUUCA